CUGCCUUCGCAGAUUGCCAGGAGCUGAGGGCAGCCUCUCCUUCUUCUCCUUCUCCUUCUCCCAAAGAGAGGGAAGUUCCUGGAGGGCCAGGGGCUGCGGGCUCCUCCUGCUCCUUCCUUUCCUCCCUCUCCUUCUCCUCAGCAUGGAGCCCGGGGCCCCGAAAGAGACGGAGGAGGCCGGCAGGGCAGCCCCAGCCCCAGCCCCCGGGGGAGGCUCCUCGUCGGGCGGCGUGGUGGUCCAGGUGCGGGAGAAGAAGGGGCCCCUCCGCGCCGCCAUCCCCUACAUGCCUUUCCCGGUGGCCGUCCUCUGCCUCUUCCUCAACACCUUCGUCCCGGGGCUAGGGACAUUUGUGUCAGCCUUCACAGUGCUGUGUGGAGCCCGGACUGACCUCCCUGACAGGCACGUCUGCUGUGUGUUUUGGCUGAAUAUUGCAGCAGCUCUGAUUCAGAUUCUCACAGCAAUUGUGAUGGUUGGCUGGAUCAUGAGUAUAUUUUGGGGGAUGGACAUGGUCAUUCUUGCCAUUUCACAAGCGGAGCGAAGGUGCAGAGCAGCAGAGAAUGACCUUCACUGAUCACUCUAGCAGCCAACUCCAUUGUGGGGGCACUGACAGAUGGAUUUUCGGACUGGCACAGCCAUCACUUUGGCGUGACGGGCAAGCCAUUUCAAAAGUAGGAGGGAGCCACUGGUUAGGCUGACACUGAGGAGGAUGGCACCAAAGCAGGCAUCACCAGAAGGGGACCUGCUAGCUAGAGAUGUUGCUGGUUUCUCAACCCACAGGGUAGGGAAACACUCGAAAACAUUUCACUCCUUUGUGACUCACUGAGAAAUCAGCCCUACUGUGAAUAGCAAAGAAGGAGAGAAAAUAUUUAUAGAUAUGUGUCCAAGAUUUUAAAACUUUGAUUGGAUAAUUUGUUUCCUAAGAGACUUUAUUUGAUUAUUUUCUGGGUGCAAAAGAGAAGGGUUUGAAUUGUGGCCUUUCUUGCUCUGUGUGUAUGUGUGGUUUUUUAAUGGUGAUCCUUGUUUGAUUUCCUGCAACCAUCCUGAGAUUUUGCUUGCUGUUUUCACAAAACUUUUGUCUUUGUUAAGGUAAUUCAGGUUCAACUCUUUAUAUGUCCUGCCAUCUCCCAGUCUUCUGAAUGCUGAAAAGAAGUUUUGAUCUGUUGUCUGCCUGAAAACAAGAAGCUGGUUCUUGCCAAGAUGCAUCAUGACUUCGUGUUUUUAUGUGGGUCUGGGAUGGGAAUAGAAGGGGCAGUUUUUAAAAGAUUAUAAUAAAAGAACUCCAGUUUUGUUGUAUUUUAUGAAGAAUGGGAACUUCCCAUUGGGGCUUCCCAAACAAACUGUGCUGCUAAAUGUUUCUGGACUUUUGCAAAUGUGUAUAUACAACAGAUUGUAUUUUGUAACCUGUAUGCAGUAAAGCUGUGACCUCUUGUCUA